AGUGCUGGUGAACUGAGGGUGAUUCUCAUGUGGACAUAAGCUGUUUGAGUGUGCUCGGUACUCUGUCAUGAUUCCAUUCACAACAUGUAUAUGUUUUCGAAGAAAUCGCACUGGCGCCAUGGGUUGGAAGCUUAUUCGUGGUGAUCUAACCUUCGGGUCACUAGAAUCCGACGGGCCUGCCCACAAGGAUGUGGUGGUCUGUGAGCGGAGAGGUGGCAUCUCCUUUGAGAAGUCUGACAAAAAUGCUAUCUAUGUUCGGACUUUAGGAGAUGUCAAAAUGCGGACAAAACCGGAAAGUACUGCUGCUCAGAUGACCAGUGCCCGUACGGCCAUCUUGGAAUCGGAGCGACGGUUGUUGGACAAGUUGACUUCACCAGAUUAUCACCUACACUUCCGUUCUCGCUUCUUGAGUUUGCACAAAGUGCACAGAAGGCGGCGGACAUGUUGGAAACAGAAAGCUGAAAGUCAGUGUCUGCUUGAUGAGCAUUACGACAGACAAGCCCAGUGCUUGCUGUCACAGCUUGGAAACUGGGACUUCAAUAUAUUUACACUUAAUACACUCACAAGUGGUAGACCGCUCUUCCAUGUGGCCUUGCAUCUAUUCCAGGAAUAUGAUCUCAUACGGCGCUUCCAUCUAGACACCUUAAAACUUAUGAAAUGCUUUACUCUGAUUGAAGAUGGUUACCAUCAAAACAACCCCUACCACAAUUCGGUUCAUGCUGCUGAUGUCACUCAGGCUAUGCACUGCUAUCUACAAGAGAAGAAGCUGAAGAAAUCUAUGUUGCCAUUCGAAGUACUGGUUGCGUUCCUGGCAUCAAUGUCUCAUGAUUUGGAUCACCCUGGAGUCAACAAUGCAUUCCUCAUCGCCACUGCCAACCACUUAGCAACGCUCUAUCAAAAUAUGUCAGUAUUAGAAAACCAUCACUGGAGAUCUCUGGUGGGAGUGCUACAUGAAACACAAGUCCUAGAUCAUCUGUCCAAACCAGACUGGAAAACCAUGGAGCACCAGCUCAAAUCGUUAAUCCUGGCCACAGAUAUUAUCCGACAACAAGAGUUCAUGCAUCGCUUUAAGCACCUUCUCAGUGAUGCAGAUUUUGACCCUUCAACAAAUGCAGAACAUAGGCAUUUUAUAUUACAGAUAGCUCUCAAGUGUGCAGACAUCUGUAACCCGUGUCGAACGUGGAAAAUCAGCAAGGUGUGGAGUGAAAAAGUCUGUGAGGAAUUCUUCAACCAGGGAGAUACUGAAUGGGCAAUAGACAUACCAGUAACUCCAGUUUGUGAUAAACAGUCCACCACAGUGGCAAAAAUUCAAGCAGGGUUUAUGGAAUUCGUUGUGAAUCCACUCUUCUUGGAAUGGCAGCGUUUUAACCCGACUGAACUAAGUCGUAAAAUGCUGGACAAUGUCGAAAAAAACAAGAAUAACUGGAAAAAGAUCAUUGAAGAAGAAAGUGUGCAGAACCACGUGACUGAAUCGGACAGCUUUUCUUCCAAGUUCGAGGGAGAUAACCCACCCCUGGAAGAGGAGAGCCACGAAGGCAACAACGACGACGAUGAUGAUGGUGAAUCGUCUCUGUCGGAAGGCAAAAGUGAAGCGGACGAUGUAGUUGAAAAUGACGUUAACCUAAAUUUCAUCUACACCGAGGAGCAGCAGAGUGAAAGUGGGCGGAGCCUGUCGCCCGUGUCGGAAGACUCGGAAACUAUUCCUGUGUGUGGUGGCAGCCGGCGGCACAGUGUUCCACCUUCCUUGUUUCGCCGCGAUCUCAACUUUUACUUGGGAAUCAGGCACGACAGCGUCCCCAAAAUUCCGUACAUGCGACGUCAGAGCCUGCCGACGACGGCCAUUUAUCGAACUACCUCAGGUGACCGACAUGCUUCCGAAAGGUCCCGCGACUCUCGAAGUCUGUCGAUGGACACAUUGGUAGCUCGUCCCAAACUGUCGAACCUGAGCCCCAGCAUGGAGGCCAGCCGAUGUGCGAGUGGUAUGGAUCACUUGAACUUCGAUUCUUUGAAGAACCAGACUCUGGUGCUGCAGAGGGGUAGCAUCACAAAGUACUCCUCACAACGAAACGUCAAUUCAGUGUCGGACCUCACAUUCCAUCCACUGCAGCUCCACCUGGAGGACGACUUCAGACAGCUGCUGCAGCAGAGACAGGGAUGCGACAAUGACAGACAGCUUCCCAACGUCGGCCUGGCGUCGAGCUGGCCCACGAUCACACCUAAGUCAAAAAUCAUCAACAAUGGAAUUCCAGGGAUGAAAACUGCACUUGCUCAAAUGAAGCCUGGCUCGUCGAAAGGGGACACGUUAGAAUGCAACAGCCCAGGGGACAAACCCGUGUGUCUUUCAGAACCCCAGCGCGACCCUGGGCCUGGACGACCUCAUUAAUGUUUAGGUCAAGGUCACAAAACAAUGGAAUUAGGGCAUAUAGUGAGAAAACUAACAAGACAAUAGAAUUAGAGCAUAACAUUUAAAAAUACAUUUUUUAAGCAGCUAUAAUUGACUCGUCAUACACACAUUAAUUUGUAAUGAAAAUUGAAGGAUAGAUCAAAUAUCUACUGGAUUAUAUAUAUAUAUAUUUUUUUUUUUUACCAAAGCUGGAUAACCUUGCUCACAGGUGCUUGAAAUUCUGUAGUGGCAUUAGUGACAGCCCAGGUAGCUGAGGCAUGUGCUUGAACCUUAAUUGGAUAUAAGCAAGUAAAUUAAUGAAUUAGCAAUAGUAGUAGGUGAAUAAACAAUGUUAAUAAAUAAAUAAAUGCCAAAAAUAUUCAGCAAAAAUUAAGACUGAAUACUCACCUUGUACAAUACCAUUCACGUUGCUUGUAAAUGACUGAUGUUUAUGAAUAAUAGAUCUGAGUGCAAAAGUUUUAAUAUUUAAUCCAUAUUUUUGUUUGGGGAUAUAUCAACAUCAUGUAUGGUAUACAGUCAAAUACAGUUUGCUGUAAUAAAACUAGAAUAAUGACCAUGUUCAUCAAUAUUUGCCGAGGCUCUGCCAAGACGAAUACUGAUUAACUAUACGAAAUUGAUAUUUUACCUAGUAAAAACAUGAGUAGAAAAGUCUGUUUAUCCUAUAACAGUUAUAAAAUAAUAUUUUAAUUAAAUAUUUAGUAAUUCACAUUUCCAAAGUUGCCUUUGAUGGAAUAUGACUUCCAUCGCGAAUGGCACAAAUGUAGUUUAAAGUUUUAUAAUUUAACUAAAUUUUAUUACAAUUUUAUGUUUAGGUGUACAGGUCUUGUUUUAUAAACAAAUGACCCAUUGACAGCAACAGCUAUAUUAAAACAGCUUGAUAAACCAAACUAUUAAAUGACAUGGAUACUAUGGGUAUGUUAUAGGAUAAACGUCGCUAGAUUGAAAUUGUCACUAGUAAACUAUAGUGUAAGAUAAAAGAAUAUCAUGCACCUGUGACUCCCAUUUGGGCCUGGGUGAGGUGUAGCCCUGUGGUAAAGCACCCGCUUGAUGCGCUGUCAGUUUGGGAUCGAUCCCCAUCAAUGGGCCCAUUGCACUAUUUUUCGCUCCAGCCAGUGCACCAUGACUGGUACACCAAAGGCCGU